GGUAAUUUACCUCUAGUACAGUUCUAAUCCUCCAGAGACUGUUGCUCAGUACAGACGAACAUACCCUCCAAGACUUCAGUCACUUAAUCACUCACUACCUGUCAACUCACUCGACACCGCCUCGACAUGGAAGCUGCUGCAAAGCGCUUCUUUUCGUCCCCAUACUUUGCCGUUGUCGGCGCAAGUCAAGACAAGAGCAAGUUCGGCUAUCGGAUCCUAGCAUGGUACCAUGUCCAUUCACUUCCCGUCAUACCGAUCAAUCCUGGUCGACCGUCAAUAGCGCUGCCGUCCAAGACGUACGACACAGUCCCCUCGGUGUCAAGUCUUCCGAACCCAGCCACGACAGCCCUGUCUUUUCUCACUCCACCAGCAGUCACGAGAAAGGUGUUGGAAGAAGCCAAAUCCGCUGGAGUUCGAGCGGUUUGGUUGCAGCCAGGAAGUUUUGACUACCAAGACUUGAAAUACGCCCUGGAUAAUUUUGAGUCUGCUGUCGGCGGCUUUGAGUCUGGCACCGCCGGCGGAGAGGGAUGGUGUGUCCUUGUUGACGGCGAGGAGUCUCUCAGAGCAGCAGGUAAAGAUAUUGUAAGGCAAAGAUUAUAGGAAGUCAAUUGCGAAUUGAUUCAACCGUUUAA